AUCAACUACCAGUUAUCAGUCAUUUGCCAAAACAUGAUAUAGUAUUUUCAACAAACCCUUACUAUAUAUUGAUAUACCAAAUGACGGAGUAGUAAACAAUACGUACUUCAUUCAACCUUUCCAACUUUACACUACUUCUACUCCCAACUCCAUAAUGGAAGUCCAAAAUUGUUGUAAACAAGAACACCAAGUAGUAAUUUUAAUGGUUCCUCUUCCAGCACAAGGCCAUCUCAAUCAACUCCUCCAUUUCUCUCUUCACAUUUCAACCCAAUUCAAAUUACCCGUUCACUUUGCCGGAUCUUCCACCCAUAACCGCCAAGCCAAGACCCGACUCCAUGGAUGGAGCUCCCAAUACCUUAACAAUAUCCAUUUCCAUGACUUCAAACUCCCUCCUUACAACUGCCCUGCUCCUAAACCAGACCCAUUAGUUCCUUUCCCUGCCCACCUUCAACCCUUAUUCGAUUCAAUUGAUCAUCUACGUGAACCCAUUUAUGAACUCAUCCAAGAACUUUCCACAAAGUUCUAUAGGGUUGUUGUGAUACAUGAUACAGGAAUGGCAUCUGUGGUUCAAGAUGUUAAAUCAAUACCAAAUGCAGAAAAUUACGCAUUCUUGACAAUAUCUGCUUUUACUCUUUCCGCCAUGAAUCAAGAACAGUUUCUUGAUCUUGAUUCAGAUAUACCCAAUUCUUUGCCUUCCAUGGAUGGGUGUUUUACACCCGAAAUUUUGAAAUACUUCGAAAAACAACAUAAGUUUUUUGGAUUUGAAUCAGGAAGAAUAUGUAAUACAUCUAGAUUAAUCGAAGGUAAAUUUGUUGAAUAUUUAGAGAAAUUGUCUCGAAAUUCUGAGAAAAAAUUCUUUCCGAUUGGACCCUUAAAUCCAAUCCAGAUUGAAAGAACGGAUGAUGAAAAUUAUAUUCAAAAAUGGCUAGAGAAACAUGAAAAAGAUUCAGUUCUAUACGUCUCGUUUGGAUCGACAACAUCAAUGACAGAUGAACAGAUUACAGAAUUAGCAUUAGGGUUAGAGAGGAGUGGUGUAAAAUUUUUAUGGGUUCUAAGAAAUGCUGAUAACGGUGAUAUUUUUUCACCCAGUAAAAUUGGGAAUUAUCAAGAUUGUGAUAGAGGAUGUAAUAAUGUAUCUUGGGGUUUAAACUAUCGGCUGUUAGAAGGGUACGAAGAAAGAGUGAAAGAAAGAGGAAUGGUGAUAAGAGAAUGGGUGUCACAACUAGAGAUUUUAGCACAUCCGUCGAUUGGUGGUUUUAUGAGUCAUUGUGGGUGGAAUUCAUGUAUAGAGAGUAUUAGCAUGGGUGUGCCCAUUGCGACAUGGCCUAUGCACUCGGACCAACCUAGAAAUGCAGUUUUGAUAACAGAUGUGCUUAAAAUUGGUAUCCAAGUAAAAGACUGGGCACGUCGUGCUGAGCUAGUGUCGUCUAGUAUGAUUUGUAAUGUAGUGGUAAGAUUAAUGGUGUCGGACGAAGGAAAGGAGAUGCGAAAGAGGGCACAAGAAUUAGCUGAUCGUGUUCGUGCAUCAGUUGCUAAGGACGGUGUUUUUCGUAAAGAAAUGGCUUCGUUUAUUUCUCAUAUUACUCGAUUAUAAGGGUGUAAUUAUAUCUACAUUCGGACUCUAUUCUUUGUAUCAAACAUAUAGUCGAAUUUAAAUUAAUAGGGUCUAAAAAUAGGUGACUUCAAACCCUUAAAUUAGUGUCGAGUUGAAUCUUUGAUAUUUUUAUUUUGCUACAUUUUUAUUGAUAUGUUUGUCACAGACUC